AUUAAAACAUGGCGGCCUCCAGUGUGAUGUAUUCGUUUCGGGCAUCUAGAAAAGUUUUGUCCAGAGUUAGUAAGAAUACUUUGGCAAAAGUAUUGGGGGCCAAGCAGUACUCUCAUGCUGUGUCUUAUCAAGAAACUUUAGGCAUACCGGAUCCCAGGACAACAACUCUGAAGAACAGAUUGAGAGUGGCCACUGAAGAGAAUCAUUCUGGAUCUGCCACAGUUGGUCUUUGGGUUGAUGUUGGUUCUAGAUAUGAAACUGCUAGCAGCAAUGGAGCUACUCAUCUUCUUGAGCACCUACUAUUUAAAGGAACACCGAGGAGAUCACAGUUAGAUUUGGAAACUGAGGUUGACAACUUGGGAAUGAACUUAAAUUCAUAUGUCGGUAGGGAUCACAUGGCCAUCUUUGCUAAAUGCCUUUCGAGAGAUGUACCAAAAGCUGUAGAAAUUCUGUCUGAUCUGGUUCAGAACAAUGUCUUCUCUGAUGCUGAUAUUGACAGGGAGAAACAUGUGCUUUUGAAUGAACUAGAUGCCAGUGGUGAUGAUCUAACAACUGUUGUGAUGGAUUACUUGCACGCCACUGCCUACCAGGGAACCAGCCUGAGCAGAUCUGUUCUGGGCACUACUGAAAGCAUCAAAUCUUUAUCGAAGAAAGAUUUGGACUCACUCCACAAAACUUACGUCAAGCCAUCAAGAAUGGUGCUAGCUGGAGCUGGAGGUGUGUCUCACGAACAACUUGUUAGUUUGGGAGAGAAGCAUUUUGGUGGUAUGUCACUAAACUACGACGAGGGCAUUCCCAUCAUUCCUCCAUCCAGGUUUACCGGAAGUGAAAUUAGGGCCCGUUAUGAUGAUGAGCCACUGGUUCACAUUGCAAUGGCAAUUGAAGGGCCUGGUGCCGCCAGUGAAGACAAUCUUCCGCUUCAAGUAGCUCUCACGUUGGUUGGAAAUUAUGACAAAACAUUUGCUGGGGGUAAGAAUCUUGCCAACAGGGUGGCCCUGGCGUCUGCUCACGAUGGACUGGCUCAUGCUUUCCAGUCUUUCAAUCUCACCUACCAAGGAACGGGAUUGUGGGGUGCUUACUUUGUUUGUGACAAGUUGACCGUUGCUGACUUUUUCUUCAAUCUGCAGGGAGAAUGGAUGAGACUGUGCACAAGUGUAACUGAUAGUGACGUAGAAAGAGCCAAAAACACGUUAAAAACUUCAUUGUUUGGACAUUUGAGUGACACCACCCUAACAUGCGACGACGUUGCUAAGCAAGCAUUGUUCCUAGGCAGACGAGUUUCAUAUGAAGAAUUUGAGAACCGCCUGAACUCUAUCGAUGCCUCAACAGUCAGAGACGUGGCAUACAAAUAUAUUUAUGAUAAAUGUCCUGCUGUCGCUUGUUAUGGUCCAACCGAGCAAGUUCCAGACUACAACAGAGUCAGAGGUUCAAUGUACUGGUUGCGCUAUUAGAAAUAAGUCCCCAUUGUAAAAGUUUAUACUGAUUGGCCAUGUUAUCUGGCCAAUUGUGUGAGACGAUGCACACAGUCUUGAUAGUUUAAUGUUUGUUUUAAUAUGUAAUAGUGUUUAAGUGAAAGAAAUUAAUGUCACUAUGGCUUCUACAUUUAUUUAUUUGUGUGAAUGUGAAUAAUAACAUUUGAAGACAGGCCAUUGGAAGUUUAAAAAAUAAAAUAAUUUCUUGCCG